AUGGAGAACUCCAACCAACUGGACCCGCGCCAACAUCCCCUCCAGGCUAUUGGCAAUGCCAUCAGUGCUGAAGCACAAGGAGAGCGCAGACCUCCUCGCUCAAGUCAUAUGAUGGGUGCCAAUGAAGGACCAGCUGAUGUUAUCGCCAAGGUGUCUGGUGCCGUGAGUGGAGGGAAGAGAGAAGAUGAUGGCGCUUACUUUACCAACAACGAAGGCCACCCCUUCCCUGAUCCGGCGCAUAGCAAGACAGUUGGAGGCAUGCCGCUGAUCAGCGACACCUUUUUGUUGCAGAAGCAGCAGCACUUCAACAGAUCCAAGAACUUGGAACGCAUGGUCCAUCCUUGUGGCUCCGGCGCUUUUGGAUAUUUUGAGUGCACUCAAGAUGUCACCGACCUCACAAAAGCCAACUUCCUUUCGUCUAAAGGAGAGAAGACUCCGGUCUUUGUCAGAUUCUCCACUGUCACUCUUGGAAGAGAGUUUCCGGAUGAGGCUCGCAACCCUCGAGGUUUCGCUAUCAAGUUUUACACCAUGGAGGGAAAUUAUGAUCUUGUUGGUCUGAACUUUCCCGUCUUCUUCUGCCGUGACCCUAUCCAAGGACCAGACGUCAUCCGCUCCCAAUAUCGCAACCCAACCAACUUCCUCCUGGACCAUGACGCCCUCUUCGAUCUCUUGGCCAACACCCCCGAAGCGAACCAUGCAGGACUCAUGUUCUUCAGUGACCACGGCACCCCCCACGGCUGGCGCUUCAACCAUGGCUACGGCUGCCACACCUUCAAAUGGGUCAACUCCAACGGAGAGUUUGUCUACAUCAAGUACCACUUCAUCGCCAAACACGGCCAAAAGCAGUUUACCGACAGUGAAGCAAUGCAGAUGUGUGGUGAAGAUCCUGAUUACUCCAAGAGAGAUCUCUGGGGGGCUAUUGAGAAGGGUGAGGAGAUUGAGUGGACUGCACAUGUGCAGGUCAUGGAUCCUAGACAGGCCGAUCCUGAUAAGCUUGGGUUCGAUCCUUUUGAUGUUACAAAGGUUUGGCCGAGAUCGCAGUUCCCGAUGAAGGAGUUUGGAAGACUUGUGCUUAACAAGAACCCCGAGAACUUCCAUCGGGAUGUUGAGCAGGCUGCUUUCUCUCCAGGCAGCAUGGUCCCCGGUAUCGAAGACUCGCCCGAUCCUCUUCUUCAAUUCCGCAUGUUCUUCUACCGCGACGCCCAGUACCACCGAAUCGGCGUCAACCUGCACCAAAUCCCCGUCAAUUGUCCCUUCAUGGCAAAGUCCUACGCCUCACUGAACUUUGAUGGGCCAAUGCGUACAGAUGCCAAUCAUGCGGGCAACAAGCAAUACGCCCCUAACAGUUUCGCUCACAAAUUCAGACCUGACGCAGCCGAGGCUCCUUACCAGGUGAACGACAACAUCGUGAGUAGGUCUAGUCACUAUUGGCACGAGGGUAAGAAGAACGACUACGACCAAGCCAAGGAGCUUUGGACAAGAGUUAUGAGUGAGCAGGAGAAGAAGAAUACUUGCUACAACACAGCCAAGGGUCUUCGACGUGUCAAGUAUCCCGAGAUCCAGAGCAAGUAUUUGGCGCAGGUAUACAACAUCUCAGAGGACUAUGCGCAGGGUAUCUACGAUCUUUUGGAGAAGCCAGAGUUUGAGUUCUCCAAGGUCAAGGAACUUGCUGAGACUGCGCAGGAGUGGUACAAGGAGCCCAAGUUCAGACCUGGACCUGGAUCGAAGCUGACGGGAUAUCCUCCUGAGGCUGCGGUGUACCAAGCAUGA